CAACAGACAAUUAUUCAACAAAAACAAAAUCUUCAUAAUUCUUCUUUAAUUCAACAAAUUAAUCAAUGGGAAACAAAUUCAAUUGAAAAAAUUCAACAAACAGCACAACAAUGUCGAGAAAAAGUGAUGAAAUUAACGCAAAAAUCGAUCAAUGGUAUUGAAAAAAAGUUUAGUGAAUUAUCUCAGAAAUUAAAAGAAAUUCGUCAAGAAAAUGAAUUUAAUGAAAUCGAUUUAAAUAAUUGUCAAUUGAAAUUAACACAAAUUACAAAAGAAUUUCUUCCACCAUCAGACAUUUCUAUUCGACAAGAUUCACAAGAAUUUAUCAAGAAAAUUACGGUUAUCUCAUUACUUCAACAAAAUCAAACAGAAAAGAAUACAUUUCAACAAUUUGGAAUUACUGUUGCUGGAGGAAAUGGACAUGGACAGGAAUUAAAUCAACUCUCUUACCCUCGUGGGAUGUUUAUUGAUAAUGAUAAAUCAAUUUAUAUUGCUGAUUGUGGAAAUGAUCGUAUUGUCAAAUGGAAAUUGAAUUCAAAUACUGGUCAAAUCAUUGCAGGUGAAAAUGGAGUUGGAAAUCGAAAUAAUCAAUUGAGUUGGCCAACAAAUAUAAUUUUUGAUAAAGAAAAUAAUUCUUUUAUUAUUUCUGAUUAUAAAAACAGCCGAGUAAUUCAAUAUUUUGAUCAAAAUCAAACAAAUCAACAAAUUCUUAUUUCAUAUAUUAAUUGUGUGGGUCUGACAAUCGAUAAAAAUGGAUUUAUUUAUACUUCUGAUUCUCAGAAUAAUGAAGUAAGACGAUGGAAACAAGGAGAUAAAAAAGGUGAAUUAGUUGCAGGUGGAAAUGGUCAAGGAAAUAGCCUUAAUCAACUCAAUUAUCCUACUUAUAUUUUUAUUGAUGAAGAUUAUUCUCUUUAUAUAUCAGAUUAUGAGAAUAAUCGUGUAAUGAAAUGGAGAAAAGGCGCAAAAGAAGGAAUUAUUGUUGCUGGUGGAAAUGGCGAAGGAAGAAGUCUCAAACAAUUAUCUCAUCCUCGAGGAGUGAUUGUUGAUCAUUUGGGCCAAAUCUAUGUGGCAGAUUGUUCGAAUCAUCGAGUAAUGCGUUGGUGUGAAGGAGAUGCAGAAGGUGAAAUUGUUGUUGGUGGGUAUGGUCAAGGAAAUCAAUCAAAUCAAUUAAAUUAUCCCACAGGUUUAUCAUUUGAUAAUGAAGAAAAUCUUUAUGUUGCUGAUUGUUCCAAUGAUCGAAUUCAAAAAUAUGAAAGAAAUUUAAUUUGA